CUCGCCACAUUCACGGUGUUCAGUGUUGCGACGUGCGUAGAUGGUGACGGUUCAUUGUAGGUUUUAUACCUAGUUAGUUCGGAACGAAACAGUCGGUCAUAGGAGAAUAAUUAAAAGUAUCGAAAGGUGAAUAUUUGCCGCACCCGAUUGGGUGUGGGCGCAUAGAGAAAGGAGAAAAUAUUUAGCAGUUGAGGUUAGACUCAAUUAUGGCUAAUUUGAGACAGACUCCGCUGACGUGUAGUGGACACACUAGACCAGUAGUGCAUCUUGCAUUUUCUGACAUUACAGAGUCUGGAUAUUAUUUAAUUUCGGCGUGCAAAGAUGGCAAACCUAUGUUGCGACAAGGAGACACUGGAGAUUGGAUUGGAACAUUUGAAGGUCAUAAGGGUGCGGUUUGGGGUGUUGCAUUAAAUCCUCAGGCAACGAGAGCUGCAUCAGGUGCUGCUGACUUUAAUGCCAAAAUCUGGGAUGCAAUUAAAGGAGAAGAAAUUCAUUCUUUUCAACAUAAACAUAUAGUAAAGUCCGUCAACUUUAGCAGCGAUUCUAAUUAUUUAUGUACUGGUUCUAAUGAGAAGCUUGUAAGGAUUUAUGAUCUCAACAAACCAGAAGCAGCACCACAGAUUUUCUCAGGUCACAAGAAUGGUAUCAGACAUGUUACUUUUUUCAAUAAUAACACUGCGUUAAUUACAUGUGCCGAUGAUAAAACUUUGAGAGUAUGGGAUAUAAAUAGUGGUCAAGAAGUGAAAAGGUUAAACUUCCCAGCAAUUCCAAAUUCCAUGGAAUUAUCGAAGGAUGGGAAUAUUAUUACCACUACUCAUUCCAAUAUAGUCACCUUUUGGGAUAGUAAAGAAUUAACUAAAUUACACGAGUAUACAGCACCAACGCAAAUGAACAGUGCCAGCUUACAUCCAGAUUGCAGUAUUUUUGUAUGUGGAGGAGAAGAUCUGAAAAUGUACAAGUUCGAUUACAUUACGGGUGCUGAAAUUGAAUCAUUCAAAGGACAUUUUGGACCAGUGCAUUGUGUACGUUUCUCACCAGAUGGUGAACUGUAUGCUAGCGGUUCAGAGGACGGUACUUUAAGAUUGUGGCAAACAACUGUUGGCAAAACAUAUGGUCUCUGGCGGUGUAUAGAACAAUCACCUGGAAUACAAGAAACCGCUGCUGUGCUUAACAAUAAGCAAGAAGUUCCUGCCAGUUAAAAGUUCAAUGUUUGAUGGAUAAUCUCAAAUACUUUAACAUCGAAGAGCAAUUAUUUCAUGAACAGAGGUGAAAUGAGGCAACAAAGAUGAACAACGAUUCGAGGUGUAAUUUUUAUUUUAUUGGCUGAUGUCUGCCAUAAUACCUUGUAAAUAUUGGAUCUCUGCGAAACUAGUUCCAUAUUAAAUUCACCUUGGAUGGAAACUGAAAGCGGACCAACCUUCGUCAUAGUCUGAUAAGUCAUGGAAGUGUGGGACGCCGUUCACUAUUUAUUAUAAAGAAGAGCAAAGAAACAUUAACAUUUAUUAACGUUAUACAUUGACACUAUUGUACUACAAAAUUAGACAGAGGUGUAAUAAUAGAAAAAGCAAUUCAGAAUGAAA